AACAAACCCUAAAGGCAAGUGAUAACAUGAGCACACAUUCACUCAUUUCACUGAAAUAGAGUGAGAGGGGCAGAGAGUGAGGGAGAUGCUGUGAUUCUUGUGAAUAACGAAACACAGUUCGAUAAAAUUAACAAUGGCUGUUUUUUCUCCACCUUCUUCAACUCAUUUCUCAACAAUAUCUGCAACUACAACUUUUUCUUCAAAACCCCAUUUCACUUCUUCAAAACCUUAUCUUCAUUUCCCAUCAAAAUUAUCAAAGAAAAAUCUUUACUUGUUAUCUACUAAAAUAAGUGAGAAUGAAGCUGUUGUAGUUGAACAAGUAGAGAAAGUAGUAGUAGAAGAGGAAAUUAAAAAGGAGGAACCUGAAGUGAGUAUUAAAGAAGAAGAACCUUCUUUAGGAUCUAAUGGUGGUGUUUCAGCAGCAGUUGCUACUACUUCAGUUGAAGAACCAGUUGUUUUGAAAUUUACUAACCCAAAAUGGGUUUCAGGAACUUGGGAUUUGAAACAAUUUCAGAAAAAUGGGGAAACCGAUUGGGAUGCUGUUAUUGAUGCUGAGGUUAGGAGAAGAAAGUGGCUUGAAGACAAUCCAGAAACAUCUAGUAAUGAUGAUCCUGUAGUUUUUGACACCUCCGUAAUUCCAUGGUGGUCAUGGGUCAAGAGAUUCCAUCUUCCUGAAGCCGAAAAACUAAAUGGCCGUGCUGCCAUGGUAGGAUUCUUCAUGGCGUAUUUCGUAGAUAGCUUGACUGGGGUAGGUCUUGUUGAUCAAAUGGGAAACUUCUUCUGCAAAACACUUCUAUUAGCAGCCGUAGUUGGAGUUCUCGCAAUUCGAAAGAAUGAAGAUGUAGAUAACUUAAAGAAACUUUGGGAGGAAACAACUUUCUACGACAAGCAAUGGCAAGCGACCUGGCAGGAUGAUUCCCCUAGCGGGUCCAAGAAAAAAUAAUCGACUUGAAAGUUUGGGAGUUUGUUGUUCAUCGCAACCAUUGAUGUUUUUUUCUUCUUCUCACGGAUAAAUAUCUCAUUGUAGUGUGUCUCAGAUAUAGAGUGAAUGACAAUUCUAAGACAACUGUUUGUUCUUUCCCUCAAAUUGUAUUUCUAAUGUUUAUGGAAACUUAUUGUUUAUCUUUCAAUGGUAGACUUGUAAUGUCUUGAAUCUACUCGUCAUUGAACACUGGAUUUCGUUUUACAAUUGAUACAAGAUUUAGAUUGUAUCUUACAGUUGUGACGACUGUUGUAGGUUGUGCAUCAUUGAUUUAGUGAGAAUUAAGAUAUAAGGAU